AUGGACUUCCUUUUCUUGUUCUGGAAGUCUACAAUAGUGAAAGACUAUGUCAAUGAACGUUUUCUUCGUAGAGCUGCGGUAGUCGGUAGAUGUCUAUCCGACGAGGCAACUGCCAGCUGGACCCAAAGCUUAGGGAGCUUAGUCGGAGUUGCUUUGCUUUUUGUAUUUUUGGAUACCGUUAUCCAUGAAUGCUUACCAGAUAGUGAAUCAGGGCUUGUGAAUUCUAAUUUAGAUGAUGAGGUGAGGAAUAAUAGAGUUGAAUCUCUUAUGUUAAAUGACAAUGGAGGCAUAAGAUGGGACAACUCUAAGUUAGAGACUCUUUUCUCGGCGGAAGACAGGCAACUCAUUAACCAGAUUAUUAUGAGCAAUCGACCUUUAGAAGACAAUCUGAUUUGGCUUCCAGAAGUGAUAGGUGAUUUUUCGGUGAGAAGUGCAUAUCGUCUUUCUACUGGUGAUGCGGGUAAUUCGAGAAUUGGGGAGGAGAAAUUCUGGAAAUGGUUAUGGCAAUAUGAAAUACCCGGAAAGUGCAAAGUGCUCUUAUGGAGAGCGAUGCGUAAUUGGUUGCCUACUAGGGACGCGUUAAGGGCCAAAAGAUGUGAUAUCGCUGAUGUGUGUUUGUUGUGUGAAGCACAUUUGGAGUCGGUGCCUCAUUUUUUUGUCAAUUAUGUUUUUGUUAACCGUUGUUGGUUGUUAGUAGGUGUUAAUUCUAUUACACAUCCUUGGCAGUCUUUGCUUGAUUUUCUGAACUGGAUAUUCACAGGAAAAAAUGAAGACUUUAAACUCCUUAUUGUGAUGGUCUUAUGGAGCGUGUGGCAUGCAUGGAAUAAUCUGUUGUGGAAUGAGACUAAGGAGCAUUUAAAAGCAAGUGGUGAAUCGAGCUAG